AGAUAAAGUUUUUUCCUAACUUUUACACGGCAACCCUGUGUGAGAUAUGUCAAAAAUAGUAAUUAGUCAAUACAAUACUGAUAACCUUGUAUAAUACUAUAAAAAUAAAAUUUGCAUCAUUUCGCCACUUUAGUAAACACAGCAGAUCUUUUUAGUACAACAAUGGUUGUAGGUGCAUUUCCUAUAGCAAAGUUAGGAGCUUUGCUAAUAAAACAGAUAAGUAAACCCAUCGCAAAUGCUUGCAAAGAAAGAGCUAAACAUAACCCGUUUUUCCGGACUUAUGUUUGUAUGCCUCCAGCUCAAUUCUACAAUUGGUGUGAAGUAAAGGCUAAAAUGUGGAUUUUAAAUUUGGGUAGGCCUGUUAAUAUACCAGUGCUCAGUCAAGAAAUGGCUAUAGAACUAGGAGCUAAUCUUCUUGGUGAAACUUUGAUUUUUACCAUUGGAGCAACUAUUUUGUUACUCGAAUACAACAGGCAAAGUAAUAAGGAAGCUGCAAAAGAAGCUAAGAAGGAGCAGGAAAUGAAACAUAUUUCUGACACUAUUACUGAUCUCUACUUUACUGUCCAGAGGCAACAAACACAGCUUAGAGAAAUGGAGAGGAUUAUUUAUUCAAUAAGUGGAGAGAAACCCACAGUUCCUCCUCCAGUAUUAAAGGAACCUCCAUCUAUUGUGCCUCCACCACCUCCUACCUCAGAAGCACCCAAGCCUGAUUCACCAAAGAAUGUUAAUAAUAAUCAAGAUCACAACAAACAAUCCAUUAUUACUGCUACUCCAUAUCCCAACAAUGGAUUGAUUCUGCAAUCCCUUAACUAUAUCCAAAUGGAUGCCUUCAGUUCUCUAUUUCCCAAUAACAAUACUAAAGUUGUAAUUGAGGAAGAGCAGACAGCUAUUGAAGAAAAAGCAUUUAUUCCUAAGAGGGAACCUGCAAUACUUUCCUCAGCAUUGCAUAAUAUUGAAAAUAAUUUUAGAAGUUUGUUUUAAAAAACCUGUGAUAAGUGUAUAUUAUGUUGCUGCAUUGCAGUCUCGAAAAUGGAUUUAACUAAGUAGUAGCCAUUGUUACCUGUUUUGUAAAUGAUUUAUUUUUGUUUAGGAUAUCUUAGAGAACUAGUGAUUCAAGUAACAUUUUUCUCAAAAUUUAGUAGGUGUGUAUAUUCACAUGUAUUGUGUUUUUGUCAAAGGAUUUUGCAGAAUUUUCUCUAAUUAAUUUGGUCUAGAAGAACUUCAAUAACCUCACUCAUAAAACAAACGAAAAUGUUACAUAGAUCACUUGCUCAUCAAGGUAUUUAUUUUUCAUAUUGUUUUUUAAACAAUGAUUUUGCUUUUACCUAAAUACAUAAUGAUUUGUUCAUAUGUAAUCAAUGUGUUAAUGCUUUUAUUUACGUUUUUGUAUAUAAUAGAUAGUUAGAUUGCUUUGUAUUGAUGGUGCAGUUUAAGUAUAAGUACAUGAAUAUGUUAAUGUUAAUAACUUAUAAAGUAGUAGACAUUAGAGAAUAAAUAAGCACAGAAUAUCCAUAUAUAUUUUAUUAUUCUAGCCACUCUUUCAUAUAAGUGCAGGCUUGCGGCGUCACCAAUCCAGUGGAAUCACAUUUAUAGAUUAGCGGACACACUCCACACGGCACUUGGACUAAUCCUGGUGCAGGUAUAAGGGGGUCUAUGGCUCGAUAUACCUUGCUGCCAUCAGGAUAAACACUGCUUUCUGCCUUACCAUCAUAGACCAAUGUAUUCAGAAUUGUAAUAACAUCUUCUACAUCAAGUUCAACCUGAAACCAACAGGGCACAUAUUUAAAUUCAAAAGGAAACAAUUGGAAAGACUAAAAAAACAAGCCUGUAUGAAUAAGUCCUAUGACAAAACAUUAAAUAUAUUUAUGGAUUAGGAGUAGUCAUGCAGUAAAUCAUUUAUGGUCAUACAAACUAAAUGCAAAUACAAAAUUAUAUCUCUAGCUUAGCUUAGAUUAUCUAAUCUUGUUGCAUGAUUUCACUUCAUGAUAAAUAAGGAAUGAAAAAUGUAGUUUAAAAUUAUUUUUCUUCAAUUAGGUACUUAAUUAGUUACACUCACUUUUACAGUGCUCCUAAAAUAGCUACAGGAUAGGCCAAAUUUGUAUAAGAUUAAUUUAUUAUCUGUCUUAAAAGCAAACUUAUAUGCAUUUUAACCAUUAUAUAAAAUGCAUUGAAUGUAUUACAGUAUUGCAUUAUUAUAUAGUUUAUAUACAUAUUGACAAUAUUAUCUUAUAUAUGUUUUUAGUUUAGAUAUAAAAUAAAUAAAAUAAAAAAUAAAUGACUAACUUUGCUUAUUCCUAAAUCUG